AUGGGGAUAUGGAGAAGGCGAAACAGGUGUUUGAUGCUAUGCCUAGCAGAUAUUGUCUCGUGGAACGCUAUGAUUAAAGGGUUUAUCCAGAACGAUGUAUUGGAGGAAGCGAAGGUCUUGUUUGAGAGUAUGAGUGAGAAAAUUGUAGUUACUUGGACGAGUAUAAUGUGUGGUUAUUGCAGAUACGGAGAUGUUGAUGAAGCUUAUAGAUUGUUUUGUGAAAUGCCUGAGAGAAAUGUCGUUUCUUGGACCGCUAUGAUUAGUGGGUUUGCUUGGAAUGAGUUUUAUAGAGAAGCUUGGUGUUGGUGUUGGUGUUGCUUUCACCGUCUUGGCCAGAAAGUGCACGCACAAGUUCUAUUUAAUGGUUGGGAAAGUGUCGAUCACGAUGGAAGGUUGGCGAGAAGUCUUUGUUCGUAUGUAUGCAUCGUCUGGUUUGAUUGCUUCAGCGCAGUCUCUGUUCGACAAGAGCUUUGA